CCUUCGAGGCUUUCAAACGAGACCUUCCUGAGAGCCACGCCGAGCUGAAGAAGAAGAUAGAUCCUACCAACCAGAACUACGAGAACUUUGAAAGGAAGAUCGCUAUUGCUUAAAGAAGUUUAGCCUUGGAGGUUUUCAAAAAUCAAUAUGAAGAGCUAUAUCGUGUUUGCUUGUCUGCUGGUCGCGGUGUAUGCCGCCGACAAAUAUAACCCAAAAUACGACAAUUUUGAUGUGGAGACGCUGAUCACAAACGACAGACUACUGAAGUCGUAUAUAAAUUGCUUCUUGGAUAAGGGCCGCUGCACACCUGAAGGCACGGAUUUCAAAAAGACCCUGCCUGAAGCCGUAGAGACUACGUGCGCCAAAUGCACAGAGAAACAGAAAGGCAAUAUCAAGAAGGUGAUUAAAGCGAUCCAGACGCGACACCCCAGGCAGUGGGACGAGCUCGUCAAGAAGAACGACCCGACCGGCAAAUACAUUGCCAACUUCAACAAGUUCAUUGAGAGCUAAACGUAGUUUAAAAAACUUAGGAUAAGUUAGAAUAGGAAGUCUGCUACGAUCUCCAAAAAAGAUUGAAUUUAGGCCCUUAAUCCAAAUAAAUGGAGAUUGACCUAAAAUCUCGCAUUAGAAGAUCGUAUGUUGCCUAUGCCUCAUCUGUUGUCGAUAGGUCCUUUUAAAAAUCUAAAUGAUUUUCUUAAAUUGGCAAAUUAAUUUGUUCACCCGCUUAACUGCGUGGAAGCAUUAUUUAUUGUAUUUUCACAACAUAGACUGAUAUUGUAAUAAAAGAUAUCCGACA